GUCCAUUUGACAAGCAGUGAAUUUCCCUGCAAUGCGUCCCAUCAUUGCAGUUGUUUGUUAAAUGAAGCUCCUUCUCGUACUUCUUUCUGCACUUUGCCUUUGCUUGGCAAUGCGCCAGCAGUCCGUCGGGAUCAGCGGAAGGUUGAGAUGUGGGGACAAGCCAGCUGUUGGAGUGAAAGUGAAGCUCUGGGAUGAAGAUGAGGGGAUGGAUCCUGAUGAUUUGUUAGACGAAGGUUACACGGAUGCUAAUGGGAGAUUCAGCUUGAAGGGCUCCACUAGAGAACUUACCAACAUCGAUCCUGUAUUCAAAGUCUACCACGAUUGCGAUGAUGGACUCAAACCCGGACAAAGAAAAGUUAAAUUCCGAAUUCCUGACUCUUACAUAUCCUCUGGGGGACUACCGCGGCGCAUGUUCGACUUUGGUGAAGUCAACUUGGAGACAAUUUUUGCCAAGGAGGAGAGGGAUUUACUCUGAUUUGUUUCAAUUUGUCUUUUGACCUUCUGAAAUGAAUGUAAAUACGCUCGAUUCGAAUAAAUCUAGAAGCAAUAAACAGCUC